CACAAUUUUAAUUUUCACGAGAACUAAUAAUGUGAAACAAUCCCUGUCAGGCGACAAGCUAUUUGGGAGUAAAACCGAGAGUUGAAGUAAAAAUGACAGCGCCGGUACCCUUGUGGAAAUUAGCCGCUGCCAGCGGUCCGUACGUGAGGCUUGCGGCUCUCAGCGGGGCAGCGGCCGUAAUCCUUGGAGCCAUUGGAUCUCACCGGCAUUACUCCAAAGACGAGAUAGGGCAGGAACAACGUCGUAUCUUUGAAACGGCGAAUCGAUACCAUUUUAUUCACACCUUGGCCCUGCUUGGAUUACCGUUGUGCAAAUUUCCAGCCGUGGCAGCUACGUUCAUGCUGACUGGGAUCGCGUUGUUUUGCGGUAGUUGUUACUACACUGCAUUUACCAAUAAUAGACGGUUCAGUACGACGACGCCGAUCGGAGGAUUUUGUUUAAUACUGGCGUGGUGCAGUAUGUUCUUGUAAAUAUUACUUAAAAAAAAUAAGACGUUUUCGUACAGGAGCAAGAGAUAAACCCAACAACAAAAUGCGCAAAAUAAGAGGGAAGCAAUAUUUGAUAGCAUUAAGGAUGGAAUGAUGAAUAUUUAUAAAAGAAAAGGAUGAAAAAGAAAGAUGUUUAAAAAAUGCAAAUAAAAUAAUUUUUAAACGUGAAUAUCAAUGAGUGUACUCGAUGAUUAUAGAUUGAUUUUAUUUCCAGAAAGUAAUAGAGGUAAAAGUAAAUAAAAAAUAUAAUUUUACGGUUA